AUGUCCAUGUCCAUGAUCAAAGUCGAGAAGAUCCUCGUUGUCGUCCACGGCCUUCUCCAACCCAUCACCCAACAGGCCCUCCUCCUCCUCUUCCCCUUGCUUGACCCCUUGCUCCCUCUGCAGCCCAUCCUCCAACCGGUCCCCAACAACGCCGCACAACAGCGCAACCAGACUCGCCACACAGGCGCCCCACGCAAGCGGCACCAAGCCGCCUCCCAGCCGCACCUCCAUCCCCGCCGGCACCCCCUCGGCACCCAGCAGCGCCACGAGCCUCGCGCCCGAGACCGUCAGCCCCGCCGCCGCAAGGCCCAGGAACCACGCGGCCCCGACCGCGGCCGCCCGCCGGCAGGCCGGCACGACCGCCGCGCACAGCAGGAGCACCGACGCGGCGUAGUAGCUGUACAGGACCCAGGCCGUCUCGAGCGUCACGCCCCGCGCCGGCAGCGCGUCCGCCAGGGUCUGCAGGAAGGGGUCGAGGCACCAGUUCUCCGCGUCGCCGACGCACGCCCAGGUCUGCGGGUCGAGGCCCAGGCGGCGCGCGGCGGGGACGAGCGAGUACGGCAGCGUGAGCUCGCCGCCCGGGAAGAGGCCGUCGACGUCGUAGACGUAGCCCAGGCGGCGCCAGUCGUCCUGCGCCGCGGGAUACUUGAAGCCCAGGGCGUUGAGGAACCAGAAGAACUGCACGCCGCUCGGCCAGAGGAAGCCGCCUACCUCGUCGUUGUCGUCGCCGUCGACCAUGAGCGUGCCCGACAUGCAGAUGAGGAAGGCCGAGAUGAAGGCCAGGGCGCCGAGGGCGAAGCGCAGGAAGCGCAGGGCGACCACGGCACGCCUCUUUGCUUGCGCUUCGCUGACGGCCAUAAUCUUUAUCGAUACUCCCAAGACCGGGAUGGACAAGUACUGCGGUGCUCAAGUUCCGGAGAGGAUAGUCUUGUUGCGACGUGA